AGGGAGCAAAUACUCCAGGGAAUGCAAGCUUGGACUUUCUUCCUAUUAAAGGCGUUUCCUGGUAUUCUUCACAUUGAAACAUUAAAAGGACUGAUUUAUUCUUCUCAGAAAAUCUGAGAAGCAAUGUGCCUCCUUAGGCUGCCAGUAACGCUCCUUGUGCUCUGUGUUGCACUAAACGAACUGAAAGCUACAUCCAUUGCAAGUGACACCGGCCAUCAGGUGGGCAAACGAAAGUGCAACACUGCCACGUGUGCGACACAACGCCUGACAAAUUUUUUGGUUCGUUCCAGCCACAACCUUGGCGCUGCUCUCCUGCCUACUGAUGUGGGAUCCAAUACAUAUGGCAAGAGGAACGCACCUCAGAUUUCAGACAGAGAACUCCUACAUUAUCUACCCCUAUAGAGGUCCACAUCCCUUUAUAGGUCUCAUUUCAUGUAUUCGCUGAUGAUUUCCUGUACACAUCAACAGUGCCUCUUUCAUUUGUAGUGUG